AUGAGUUCCCACCAGCAGAAGCAGCCCUGCACUGCCCCACCUCAGCUGCAACAGCAUCAGGUGAAACAGCCUUGCCAACCACCACCCCAGGAACCUUGUGUCCCCAAAACCAAGGAACCCUGCAACCCCAAUGUUCCUGAGCCCUGCAACCCCAAGGUUCCAGAGCCCUGCCAGCCUAAGGUGCCUGAGCCCUGCCAGCCUAAGGUGCCUGAGCCCUGCCAGCCUAAGGUGCCUGAGCCCUGCCAGCCUAAGGUGCCUGAGCCCUGCCAGCCUAAGGUGCCUGAGCCUUGCCAGCCUAAGGCUCCUGAGCCCUGCCACCCCAAGGCACCUGAGCCCUGCCACCCGGUUGUUCCUGAGCCGUGUCCAUCAAAUGUCACUCCAGAACCAUGUCAGCAGAAGACAAAACAGAAGUGA